AUGACCAAGGCGACGCCGGUCCCGAUUCGGGAUCCCGUAACUUCUGUCUCCGCACCAGACUCGAACUGCAUCCCUGCCGAACCCACGUCGAUUGCCCCUUCUCUGACCUACUCCGACGAGUCCGACGACCAGGAGGAGCCCCCCCGCGUCGAUGGAAGCCGCAGGCGGCGCGCAUCGACGAUAUUAAUUGCCCAGAAUGCGCGCGAUAUUCAACGCAUCACCGGCGAGACAACGGCCGAGUUCGUCGGCCGCUGCUGCGGGGGUGGUUGCUGUCUUAUGGGCCCUGGAUCUAGACGUCCAGACACCGAUCAAGAGAAGAUCGACUUGCCUGACAACGAUGCCUUCAGCUCCUUGGGCCUCAAGAUAGACGCGAUACCAACAAAUUUGACGAUGAUAACGGAACUACCCGACAAGACCAUAUCAUUCAAACCUAUUCCACCCCAGCCUAGUCAGCCCUCUCCUCCUGUUCCUAAUGUCUCUCUCCUUUCUCUCGGCCACGACGACCGGGCCCCGGGUAGCGAUAGCUGUUCACUCCCUUCACUGGUGGACACGUCUGCGACAGGCCAGCACCUGAAUUCCGUUAACACGUCCAUCGAGCCGCCCCGAUUCGUGCAACCACACCCUCCCUACCACGUUUUCCCAGCUCGCAUUCAUACUACCCGUGAGCUGACCAAGCCCGGCGCGGAGAAGCGCACGUAUCACUUCGAUCUUGACAUCACGGACUACCCGGAUGAAGAGUCAACUGAUUUCAAGGUUGGUGGUGCCAUCGGUAUCAUGGCUCCAAACUGUGAGCAGGUUGUCGACGACGUUCUGAACGCGCUCAUGGUCCCCCGCUUUCUUCGCGACAAGCCAGUCUUGCUCGCGACCAGCAAGGGGCGCUGGCCGACUGUCUGGGGCGAAGAUCAGCCGCGUGAACUUAUCACGACGCGGCGCGACCUGCUCACUUGGUGCACCGACCUGCAGUCAUACCCUCCCACGAAGCCUUUGCUCAGAGUGUUGGCGGAACAUGCGAGCGCAGAGAACGAGAAGAAGAUUCUACUGUUUCUUUGCUCUGCCGAAGGCCAGGGUGCCUUUUGCGAUCUCCGCACCGGCCCGCAUCUAACGAUUUCACAACUCCUGAACGCUUUCCCGAGCGCACAACCGUCCCUUGACGAGCUGCUGUCCUGCCUGCAGCCGCUCAUGCCCCGCUUCUACUCACUUUCCAACGACCCUCAUGAGUCGUACCAGAUGCGAGAUCAGAAGCAACACCGGCUCAUUGAGAUUGCCGUCACAGUCCAUGAGACGAACGACUGGAAGAGGGGCUGCCGCACUGGCGUCGGGUCUGGAUACCUCGAACGGCAAGCUCGUCGCUUCCUCAGAGCGCAACAGGCUGGAGAAAAGGCGCCCAUGCUCUACGUCCCCAUGUUCAAAGGCCUGAUGGCGAACCCACUGGCGAAGCAGUUCAAUUCAGACGGGCCAAUGCUCCUCAUCGGUGCCGGCGUUGGAAUCGCCCCCUUUCGAGGCUUCGUUCAGCGCCGGCUGAAACAGGCCAACUGUGCCAACAAGGUGUGGGUGCUUCAGGGUAUCCGCGACUCUCUCGUCGAUGAGAUAUACAGCGGCGAAUGGGGCGUGCAUGAGGACAAGGUCAAACGCGUUGUGCAGAGCCGGCGUGGGGAGGGUAAAUAUGUGCAAGAGGAGGUCCGCAACCAGGGCGACCUCGUCUGGUAUAUUAUCAACGCCGUCGACGGGCGUAUUUUUGUCUGCGGCAGCUCCAAAGGCAUGGGCGCGGGUGUUGAGGAUGCGCUUGUCGAGGUCGCAAUGACACAUGGCAGCCUUGAGCAUGACGAAGCAAAGAACUUCUGGGAGCUCAAAAAGGAGGCGGGCCAAUACAUUGCCGAGACCUGGUAG